AUGGCAUGUCCCUCGCCAAGCGCAGAGUUCUCUGAUCUCGUCGCUGGAGGUGACCCAGUGGCUUGUCAGCUACACCCCACGCCAAACCCUAUAUUGGAGAUGGCACCCGAGCACAUCUUCGAUGACCCGGUCAGUUCAUCCCCGGAUACCGACCAUAGUCUUGGCAACGAACCAAACGAAAGCGAGGACGACGACACCGACGAGGAUGCCUUUUCUACUGUUUCUCUCAAAGAUAUUGACACCUUAGUUGCAUUCUACGAGACGCUACUCAAGCACUCUGUCAAUACAGAUGCCUUCCAUGCCAUCUCUAAGGUGACCCUGGAUCUGAAGGACCUAAAACUCUGCCACGGUGAGUAUCCGAAGGACAUGCAGGCCACUCUGGGGGACAGGCUCUACCUUGCAGCACAGCUGACUGACUACUGCAUUGUUUGCCUCUCUCUGGUGCCGCAUCACGAGAACCUUUUUCUGAAGAUACGGUGCCCGACGUGUCAGGCCGUCGAGUUCUGCUCUGGAUUUUGCUCGCUAGAACAAAAUACGCAUCCUUGUAGGCUUUUGAGCAAGCUAAGAAUGAUGUCUCGCUGCAAGGACACGUAUAUAGAUACUUAUCGUGAUAGGAAGAACAUGGUGAUAGAGCGAGCCAAUAUGCUUGAGGCACAUCACGCAGAAGCGCUUGCGCUAGAUGCACAGAAGGAGGAGCUUAUUCGGCGGCGUGGAGUGAGUGAGGAAAUCACGGAUUUGCCGGAAAGCAACGCAGAGCUCGUCCUCACAGAGAGUGAUCAGUAUAUCUUGAACAAGCUCCAGCCGGUGUGCAAUAUCUUGGGUCUUACUAGGAAGCUGUACACAAAGAAGGACCAGGUGUUUCUCAAGGACCUAGCAGAGUCUAGCUUCACCAUUGCAGACUUGCGUGUUAAGGAUCCGUUCACCUACGCCUUCAUACUCAAAAUCGCCUUUCUCUUCAGCGGCGGUAUGACAAAGGUCCAGCAGGAGAAGGAUAAGCUCACGAGUGUCCUCAAAGAGAUUCGGAAGAUGUCUGCUGAGUUCGACUUCAACUACAGCUUUCUUCAUCAGACGCUGACAGACCUGAAGAAGAUCAUGCUUACAGCCUCCAGCGAAGCUACAGACCUGGCCUCUAUCCAGAGCGUGUACCAAGCUUGCAGAAACACCCUCAGUAUGACCGACAAGAUCAAGCUUCCUGAGCAGUGUCAAGCCGCUCUAAAUGACAUCCGGAAGGUGGUGUACUUUUGGAACGAGAUACGGAUGUCGAAUCACUUGAUUGAUGCGCUCAACAGAUACUACGACUUUAUCAAGGGUAUAAAUCUUCAUGAGGCGCGAAAGAAGCAGCUCCAACAGGAGUCAGCAAACCUCACAGACCAGAUCAGAGAGUGCCAGGAAAAUAUAGCUGAAGUCAAGCAGGCCACACUAGAGCUUCAGGCCCGUUUGGAUAAGCUCAAGGUUGGUAUUUUUCCUUCGUCAGGUCCAUCCCCUGCCGAAGACACUGGUUCAACCGCGGCGUCCGCUGGCGACUCGAAUACCAAGCAGCCAAGCAUUGUCAAAACCCGUGGAAGUGUGAUGGGAGCCAGCACGGCUGCACAUAAUGGCGUGACUGAUUCACUAUUGAAGGAGCACAACCUAUCCGCUUUCUCCAAUAGCAGCAGGUUACUGGGUAAUGUAACCUCAGCAACAAGGCCGGCUGCUCAUGCUCAGGCCUCCAUUGCAGAAGGAAAGGCCUCUACAUUAACUCGGUCUCAAGACCCAGAUACCUUGCCGCGUCUAUAUUCCCAAUCAGACGAUGGCACACUUACAAAUCGUACAUCAUGCAUCUCCACCAACAUAUUACCUAAGUAUCUUAACGAGGCGCAAAACGUAUUGGCACUAUCGACGGUAGAUGUAGAGCACGGAGGAACCGAGGAGUCCGAUCAUCUCCAAAGACAGGAGGGCACACACUCGAAGGGCGGAUUGGACAAUCUUCUUUCCUUCUCCGACGUGGUUGUUAGCAUUAAUGAUAUCAUGUCUGCUCCAACGUCACCCCAACUUCCAUCACUGCCGCCACAUCAGGUUGAAAAUCUUAGCGAAAGCAUAUCAGCAGAACCUGCACCUCUUACGAAGCGAAGCAUACUUGAGCAGCACCCUCCUAUGGCGCCAUUUUCUCAAUGCGACGGUAGCCCAGAGAUUCCACACCUUGAAAAUGCGUUGCACCUUUCUCAAGCACCGCCAUUGGACAGAUCGCUCUCCAAAUCUACCCCCGAUGACGUGCCUUUAAACCUUACGCGCCCCUUAACGAGAUCCGUGAACAUCCUUCCUGGAGCCGAUGACAUAAUCGCUUCAGAAUCUGACCCUUUGCGUCUAGCAACCAUAGCCCGCUCCAUUAUAUCCAAGCCCCAGGUGGAUACCUGCAAAUCUGACAGCAGUCCGCUUCUGACUAGAUCCUCAACUAGCGACCAAGUGCUCCUGGAGUUCAACGAGGAGCAGAACCGAGAGUCCACUACAAUGCAGAGCCCCACUUUUGGUGCAGACAUGCAAGAAAGCACCGUAAAUACCCUGCAGAAGCAGCAGAAUCCAGCUCAUGAUCAGGAGCUUCGCAUUCGCGAGUCGUCUAACCUACAUGUCGCCCAUUUCAGAUCACUUAGUGACAGCAUGCUUACUAAUAAAGAAAAAUCAAGCGAGACAGAUCGUGCAGAGAAUGUAUCGGCGAUUCACAUUAUUCCACCCAAACCCCCGAUCAACACAUUUAAUAAGGCUACCGAGGAAGGCACAGACAUGGCAAAUAGCUGCAUCAGAAACUCGACUACAUCAGUCACAACGGCGAUUAAUCAAUACGAAGCUGACCCGGCUGCUGGCCGUAUCCCUGCAAAGGUGGAAGCACAGACAGAUACAGACGCAUCUUCUCAGACCACAGAGUUUGGACUAAGCUCUCUGACCAGUUCGUCCACACAGACUGAUAGACAAACGAGCCAUGUGCCCACAGACAUUUCUGCAGAUCAUCCACGGAUUCCAGAGCAGGAUAGCAAGCAUAGGUCACUGUCUGAUAGAUAUAGAGAUAUGCAUGCCAAAAUGAUAAGGCAAAGAUCGAUAUUCGACAACGUUGACGGGGCGUCCAAGAGCACAUCUGAUGCACGCGGGAAUGAACAUAAGCUGAGAAAGAGUAUGCACAUAUCAAGCAUACCUAAGAACCUACUUGAUUUCAAUGUCACUGCAGAGAAUACCAAUAUCCUGGCGUACUUUAACAAGCCUCCGAGCAACCCCAAGUUGAGCCAGGUGGUGCAGCUCAACUCCCAAAAGAUAUCAAAAUAUCUAGAUGAUCUCACCACAUCCAUGUACACAACAGAGGUUAUAUUCUUAGCGAAGGUGUGGAAGACCAUGGCCAGGGGGCUGCUCCUUUUGGGUAGAAUAAACAGCUACUACAGCAAGAAGGCAGCUGCUUCAGGAGAGACAUAUGUGGACAGGGUGGUUGGAACACAUGAGCAAAUGCUUGUCAAACGAAUCUAUGAGAUGAUCCUCACCAAGCUGAUAAACACUAAGUUCGAAUACUACAGCUACAUCAAGCUGUGCCAACUUCGUUUCAACAUGAGCAUAGGGACGGCAAAAAACUGCAAGUGGAAGAGCAGCGACGAUGUGCUCAAGUUUUCGUUAACCGAGGAUCAGUAUAGACGCCUUAAACAAGCUAACGCCCUCCGAGUUAAUACAGAAAAGAUGAGCAUCGCGCAACGAAAAGCGUUAUACACAUCCUUAAAGAACUACAUCAUGGACGGUGUACAGAUAGACCCCAAUGAAGUGUUGAGGGCUGGCUGA